CAACUCCAGUUUUGAAUGGGGAAAUCGGUGGGUUCUCAGGGAUGCUGAAAUUGAGUAUACCUUGUAAAAAAGGUUCUUUGGACAUUCACAAGGUGGAUGCAGAUCUUACUAUCAAUCCUGUGGUAUUAAGGCUUCAGCCCAGCACCAUAAAUUGGAUCAUAAUCUCAUGGGAAUGUCUCAAGCAUGUGGGUAUUGAUGGAAGAAGUGAUAUGCAUCACCAAGUUGCGGAGUCUGUCUGCCUUAAUUCUGCAUCUUGCUACCAUUCUUUUACCUUGGAUUCUGAUGUAACAGUGACAUCAAGCAGUGAGAAAUUGACAGCAGGCAUAUGUUCUCUCAGUCAGGAAACAACAGUAGAUGCUUCAUUGCCAGGCCCACGUGUGAUCUCUAACUGGAUGCUGCUAUUGAUCAGCAAAAACCAUGGAGCUGAGGCAGAAGCAGAUUACUCUGCAAGGUUUGGAUUGAACGGUGCUGAUGUUUUGGAGAAUGUAGCUUAUGCUAGAGUUUAUAACACUGAUCAUCAGUCACGCCUUUCGCUAGAAGCAGCUUCGAUGAUGGUGGAAAGCAGGUAUCUUUGAAAUUUUAAAUGGUCUAUAUUUCCUGUGCUCGGUGAUCGCUGUUCGUCUACCUAAUCUUAACAGAUUUUUUGGCAUGCCCAUGAUCAUGAAGAUUUAUUGUGUAUUUUACAUGUUUGAAUAACUAUACUGGCAAAAAUCAGGAACAUUUCAAAAGGAAUAACUUGCAUAGUAUUUGGAUAUGUUUGUGGGAUCUUAAUCAAGUUCUCACAAGACAUGAUUUUGAUGCAAGCGCUUUGUUAAGCCCACGUCUCUAGAGGGUAGACCAUCUACACUACCAGAUUAAAUAGCAUGGCAUGCGUGGUGAGAUCCAAGCCAUCCAUCAUGUGGGCACCACUAUGUAAAUGCCCUUGCCGAAAAAUCAGGUUAGUCUACUGGUAAAGUGGGUUACAGUUUAUAUGAACAAAGGAUGCUAAAAGACUUGGUAAAGUUUUGCUAAAGUGCCAAUUUGUUUCUAACCUUUUUAUGCAGCGAUGAAUCGACCAGACUAAUUUCUAACCUUUCAACUUCACCUAAUGCAGCUUUCUAAUAAUUC